CCACAUCUUCUUUUAAGAUAGCACCAAACUCCCGCAGGCUUUUUCUCUCAUCCAUUUAUGUCCCUCCUCCUCCACCAUCUCUUCCACUGAGCCCAACACCCCCCUCUCUCCCUCUCCGUCUCUCUUCUUCUCUCGUCCAUGGAGUUCGACCUCGAGAACCCGCUGACCCUCUGCUCCGAGACUCUCGCUUCCCUCUUCCUCGCCGAACCUGACCACAUGCCCGGGGAGAAGUACGUCAAUGGUCUCAGGGACGGAGGGUCCGCCGUCGCCGUCGCCGUCCGCCGCGAGAUCGUCUCCUCCAUCUCGCGCUUGUCCUCCAACUUGGACCCUCUCUCCUCGUACCUCGCCGUCAAUUAUCUCGACCGGUUCUUGUCCUGCCAGAGUUUGCCGCACUUGAGUCCGUGGGUUCUGAGGCUCCUCGCAGUGUGCUGUGUUUCUCUAGCGGCGAAAAUGCGGAACACAGACGUCUCUCUCGCUGAUUUUCAGGGCGAUGGAGGUUUCGUACACGAUUCGCGGACCAUACAGAGGAUGGAGUUUCUCAUCUUGGGAGCUCUGAAAUGGCGAAUGCGAUCCGUCACUCCCUUCUCUUUCGUCGCAUUCUUCACGUCCCUCUUCAAGCGCAAGGACCCACCUUUGAGGCAAGCCCUGAAUGCUCGAGCCACGGAGAUCAUCUUCAAGUCUCAGAACGACAUCGAGCUCAUGGACUUCAGGCCGUCGGUGAUUGCAGCAUCAGCUCUCCUCUCUGCCUCCCACGAGCUCUUCCCCUUGCAGUUUUCUUGCUUCAGAACAGCCAUUAUCAAUUGUUCAUACGUAAAUAAGGAUGAAUUGUUAGAUUGCUACAGCGCGAUGCAAGACGUAGCGACAGAGGGAUACGAAUCAGUUCUCGACAUCAUCUCAAGAUCGGACACGCCCAUUAACGUGCUCGACCAGAGCUUCUCCAACUCAGAGGACGGCGACGAGAAGGCUACUGGCGGUGGCAGCGGCGGUGGCGCCAUCUCGACCUCCACCAUUACGAGGACCUCGCUCAGAUCAGAGCGGCGUCUGAAGAGGAGAAAAGUAUCUGAUCACUGCUGCGACUCGCCGCACCCCUUCCAGCUUUCUCAGUUCCAACAGUGCUGAUGCCGGUGGGCAUUGAUGGUGACGAUAAGAACUCAUCCAAGACGUUUAAAUUUGACGGGUUCUCUGUUGAGAGUGCGACCACUCCAGAUGGUUCAGACAGAAGAUGGAGAAGAAGAAGAAGAAGAAGCAGAGGAGGAGGAGGCUGACGAGUGAUUGGUGAUAUCUUUUCAAUUGGGCGGAGAAUCUCGCGGCAGGAGAGGAAAUUCUUGAUUUUGCAAUUCCUUGUCUUAUUCAGGGGGGCCAAAUGGAGACAAAUCGCAACUUUGAGUUGUAGGGGGGUUAAGGCUUGAGAUAGGGAAGAGGGUUUCGUGUUCUUGUAUUGGUCUUUAAAAAAGUGUGCUGUGUCUCUUUAGUUUCUGGCAGAGGAAUGAUAAUAGCGAAUAUAAUAAACCACAAAAAAAAAAAAAGAUU